AUGCUUCGCGAAAGCGGGGGGAAACAGAACAGAUCCCCAUUCGCACCUGAAUCGAGGCAUCAACAUCAAGACAGAGAUCGAGACUAUAUCGGCUUCGCCACCUUGCCGGACCAAGUGCAUCGCAAGUCCGUCAAAAGAGGCUUCGAUUUCACCCUGAUGGUCGUGGGCGAGUCGGGACUGGGCAAGUCCACCCUCAUCAACAGCCUCUUCUUGGAGGACCUCUACAAGACCAGGCGGAUACCGGACGUCAGCGAGCGCAUCCAGAAGACGACGACCAUCGAAAGGAAAACUAUGGAAAUUGAGGAGAGAGGCGUGAAAUUGAGACUAACCAUUAUUGAUACUCCUGGAUUUGGGGAUGCUGUCAAUUGCGAAGACAGUUGGAGAGUGUGCAUCAACUACAUCGACGAACAAUUCAGACAAUAUUUCACUGACGAGAGUGGCCUGAACAGAAGGAACAUCCAGGACAACAGAGUUCACUGUUGUUUAUAUUUCGUGCCACCAUGGGGACACAGUUUGAGACACAUGGACCUCGAACUAAUGAAGAGACUGCACCAUAAAGUUAAUAUUGUAGUUGUGAUAGCCAAAGCAGAUACUCUGACUACUACAGAAGUUGCCAAAUUGAAAAAGAACAUUCUGAAUGAUAUCAGAGAAAAUCAUAUACAGAUGUAUGAAUUUCCCGAGUGCGAUAGUGACGAAGACGAAGAAUUCAAACAGCAAGACAGAGAAUUGAAGGCCAGCGUUCCCUUUGCCGUGGUGGGAAGCAACACGACACUAGAGAUAGCUGGGAAAAAAAUCAGAGGCAGGCAGUACCCUUGGGGAGUAGUGGACGUUGAAAAUCCGAAGCAUAGCGAUUUCAUUAAAUUGCGAACCAUGUUGAUUUCAACGCAUAUGCAAGACUUGAAAGAUGUAACGGAAGACGUUCAUUACGAAAAUUUCCGAGCUCAAUGUAUAUCACAAAUAUCACAGCAUGCAAGAGAACGAGGGGAAAGAAGGUAUUCCACUCUGGAUUCAUCGGAAAAACAAUCUCCAAACAUAACGCCAAUUGACAGUCAUAUGCCCGAGAUCUCUUUUCGCCGUCGUACUUUAAGGAAGAUUUUAAUGGGUCUCAACACCAACAAAGCUUGUGGCUCCGACGGAAUCCCACCGAUUGUUCUCAAGAAAUGUGCUCCCGAACUAACACCUGUUCUCUGCAUGUUGUUCAACUACUCUUACAAAUUGGGGAUAUUCCCGUCCAACUGGAAAAUUGCAAGACUACAACCAGUUCCUAUAAAAGGCAAAAAGACCCUCCCUAGCAACUACAGACCGAUCACACUGCUAUCUAUUAUUUCAAAGAUCAUGGAGAAAACUAUCAACAUCGAGCUCAUGGAAUACCUGGAACAUUCAGAUAUUAUCAACGAUAGGCAAUAUGGCUUCACAUAA